AUGCAGGUAGACACCUGCAAAUUUGCAGAAAGAAGAGCCAGAAAAAUGGCACCCAGAACCCCCAUGAAGCUCAAUCAAGCGACAUCGCGCCAUAAGAUUAUAGUUGGAAUUGAUUAUGGAACCACGUUUACAGGCAGUGAUGCCAAAGAUGUCAUCAUCAUUGGAACGUGGCCUGGUCCAUCAAGAGACUCUGAAACAGUCUUCAAGGCGCCUUCACGUAUUGCAUAUCCCCUCGAUAAUCCAGCAAACGAAACCAUUCGAUGGGGGUUUCAAGUUGAACCUGGCAUGACCACCUACUCUUGGACAAAGCUGCUAUUGGACCGGAACAUUGCACUUGGAGAGUUUGAUGACCCAACCCUUGAAGGGGCUUCAAAAACGGGAAUUUUGCAACUUCCUUUUGGCAAAUCCGCAGUGAGUGUUGUAGUAGACUUCCUUAAAGAGGUCCGAGCCCACGUAUUGAAAAUGAUUGAGAAGCAUAUCACGAAGGAGAUGCUUGGAAUCACUCCCAUUGAAUACUGGUUCACAGUGCCAGCGAUCUGGUCGGACCAGGCAAAAGCGCAAACAAAAGCGGCGGCCCAACGUGCAGGCUUUGCCUACAACAUUAAACGGCCUAAUGACCAAAUAUUCAUGGUCACCGAACCGGAGGCUGCGGCCAUUGCAGCUUUGAAUAAGACAGCCACAGAUGGCCUCGGAGCUUCCUUCAAGGUUGGUCACAAUGGUAUGUCAACCUUCACAGUUGAUAUGGAUACUAUCUCACAGCCCACAAAGGAUAUUACGACGUAUUUGAUCAACAAAGUUGACCCAAUUUUGUCUUUUGAAGAGCUUUGCACAGGAACCGACAGAAAUUUGUACAGACUUAUGUCUCGACGAUUUGGAAAAGCCUUUGAUAUGCUUCCUGCUAAAAAGAAAGGUCCAGGAAGCGAAUUUAUGAGAAAAUUCGAAAUUGUCAAGAAGGACUUCGGGUUUAACAUAGACGAAGACAAAAUUUAUGAGCUGCCGCUCAAUAUGAGGGCCAAUAAAGUGAAGUCUGAAUAUUUUGACGAUGAGGAACGCCUUGUCCUGCUUUCAAGCAAUGAUAUUCGACAGCUAUUUGACCCAGUCGUGGAUCAGGUCAUCGGGCUUGUUCGUAAGCAAAUGGAUGACGCCGAGGAAGCAGAAAGCGGUAUAAUUAAUCGAAUAAUCCUCGUCGGCGGGUUUGGUGAUUCUGAGUACCUCCGGGAGAAAAUGGAGAAGUCUUUCUUUGGCAUCACAAUCACUGUCCCAGAUAAUCCACAAACUGCUAUAGUUAAGGGAGCCGCACUUCGAGGGCUCUGGGGCCUUCAAGUAACAACAAAAAGAUGCCGUCGCCACUAUGGAUUUGAAUGGAGCAUACCAUUCCGCCGAGGUACCGACCAUGAGAGAAAUGCUCAUAUCGAUGAAUUCACAAGGAAAAAGAUGGUGGGUGGGGUCAUGAAAUGGAUGAUUUCCAAGGGAGAAAAAUAUACGGAAAAUCAUACACACACCGUUGAUUACACUCAGGUAUAUCAUUCUGGAAGUUCGAUGAUAAUUAGAUUCGUGCUCUUUUCAAGCGAUUCAAACGAAGCACCUGAACGGGUUGAACACACAAGUAUCAAAAAGGUCGGCACAAUCUGCGUGGACAUCACAGACAUUGACUUCAGCCUUUUUAAGAAGAAAGUAAUCGACGGAGUGCUUUCAUAUCAAGUUGAAUUCUCGGUGAAGGUCAUAUUCGGAGCUCAGGACGGUGUGUUGAAGUUUGAAACCACCUCACAGGGCAAAGUUGUUGGGAAGACAACCAUCGACUUCACAAAUACCAAGUACUAUUGA